CCUGUCUACCGCCCUCAGUCCAUGUCAAUGACUCGCCUUGUCUUCAUUUCGAGGCAUCACCUCCAUGACUGCAUCUAGGAUCCCCAAUAUGUCCUCGAUUUGGGACUUCAAAGACACUCUCUUCCGGGCACUGGCGGCAGCUUGCGCUGCCCUGGGAGAGGAAUCUUUCAGAAGUCAAUUGAGGAGCAUCGCGGAAUACUACGGGGAUGGGGCAACAUUCCACGAGGUCGAGACUCUCUUCACAAAGGAUGUUCCUGCAAAAGCAGAGCAACUGAAAAUCGAACUGGCUAAUCGCCACGGCUGUCGCAGGAACAGCCCGUCGAGAGGCUCGGCGCGACUUCAUCGGCCACCUUUGCUCGAUUUUGAUGACGAGGAUCUUAGCAUCCUGAGCCCUAGGGAGGUCGAAAUCCUCAAGGUCCGAUCUAAAAACUCGCUUCAAGCUCCUGCAAAACGUCUUCGAGUUGUUGAGGGAUCACCUCCAAUUUCGCGCGCCAAUGAUGUACCAGCGACUGAGGCCACGGCUCCUCAAAAAAGGCCCGGCAUCACCCAGAUGACGACUUCUAAGGCUGCAAGGAACAAGUUCGAAAGAGGCCCUGCGAACCCCGACGGUCCUGAUACGGGAAGAAACCCAACGGAUUGUUUUGCCCAGCAGAGUGUUUCCCAGCCUCGAAAACGCCGGUUCUCAGAGGUGCAUGAUUCGGUGGAGCUCCAGACUGCAGGUCGCUCCUCUCCAAGUACGACUACGCCACCAAGAUCUGAAUCCUUUGGCUAUGUCACGAAGAAUGGUGAAUAUCGGUGUGCUCUUUGUCAGCGGCAACUGCCCAAUGAAAAUGAUCUCAAGCUACACGAACAAAUCGGCGAGGAGCACACCCGCAGUUUGAAAGAUAGGAGAAAGGUCAUCAUCGGUCGUGAGAGACUAGCCCAGCACACUGCAGUAUUAGCUGGUGGCCAGAAUGCAAGUUCCCCCGUGCUUGACCCGCGACUGAGGAUCCAUGAUCUACUCGAGUCAAGUCCGAGGCCCGCCGCAGCUGUCGAGUGCUCGGAAGUGGGAGAAAAUGGUAACAGCCAUGAUCGUGAACCCUCUGUGCGUCGGAGCCAGGACCGUCAAGUUUCCCCAGCAGGCAUUGACGAAAAACGACGACUGCAUCUUAGCACUGCGCCAAUUCAGCAAAGCGCCGACGACGCAGCAUCCGCAUCAGCUGCGGGACCUUCUCAGCCUUCCGACAGGGGGAAAUGCCGCGCAGCCUCACUUGCAUCUUUAUCAGAUGAUACUCCUUAUCCACGAGCAACACCUGCAUCAGCAGCAGGGAUGUAUACAAGGCCCACGACCGCCCAGACUGAAAUAGGAACGCUUAACACUCCCCAUAUCUCCCAACACGUUGACUCUGCUGUGACCCAGCAGCCUCACGAUAUCGAGACAAGCCCGGACGAUGAGAUGCCUGAACUCUCGCCCAGCACCAUCAAGGACAUCAUGCGCUCGACCGGAUUGACCAUCCAAUUGCUAAACAGUUUCCGGAAUUGCGUGUCUGCUCGUGUCAAUGAAAUCACCGCUUCCGCGGAUCCCGGGCCCGCACCUGUCCCCGACUCCAGACCCGAACCUCAUUUUACAGGAAUUAGGAGUACCAGUCCCAUUGGCAAUUCUGCUGUUCCCACGACGUUGGUCUUGGAAACUCUGGAUGAAGCGGCUUCGUCCAGCGGCGUGACCUCUAGCGGCGGAAAUUGCAAGCAGGGAACGAUAUCAGCACCGGGGAUUGGAGUACGUUACGGCAUCAAACGACGAGACAGGACAGAGAAUGGCAAGAAGAAGGAUGUCGGCGAGCCAAUAUCUGUCAUCGUUCUCGACUAGUUGUUCUUGGAUGGAUACAUUUCUGUCUCUUUUUUUUGGGCAUCCCUCCCUCCAAGGUACAAGAUUGAUUUUUACGGUAGUCAUCC